CCGAUCCCACUAGUGCUAAUCUUGACCCGGUUUUUCAACGACCCAUCGGUGACUCCCUAGAGUAUCUCUGUCGCUCAGACAGUAAACUGUUAUGUAAACGGGUGUUUCUUAACGCCAAAAGCUAAUCCACUUCGUUUUAAACGUUCCAAGUAUGGAUAUGGUGGAGCGGGGAAAUGGCCACGGAACUCGUGACUUAGUCCCUGUCUCGAACGAUGAAAAUCAAUCCACUGGCAAACGACCAAUGAACGCCUUCUUACUCUUUUGUAAACGACACAGAGGUCUUGUCAAAGAGCGCUACCCAAAUUUGGAAAACAGGAACAUCACCAAAAUCCUUGGUGAAUGGUGGCAGAGCAUAAGUGAUCAGGAGAAGGCCAGCUUUAACAGCCUUGCUACAGAAUUCAAAGAACAUGUUUUGCGCGAACAGCCUAACUUCAGAUGGAGAAAGCAGCCCACAGCCAAUGCAAGCCACUUAACUAAUUCAAACUCCUUAGCCACAAUGCCAUCUGUGAACCAUAACAGUCGCGAUUCCUUUAGCAGCUCCUCCCCCCACAACAACCCCAGUCAAUUAAGCCCGGUGGAAUUGAGCAAUGGACCAAGUCCAAGCCAUGAUGGCAGUGGAAGCAGCAGUCCAGAGCCCUCGCCCCCAAGCAACGACAGCAACACAGGCUCCGCCCCAAAGCAUUUUAAGAAAAGAUUUCUCCAGACUGCAACUGAACAACAAGCAAAGAUGAACUCUGAAGAUUCAGCUUCCGGACCCGUGUCUCCCGACGCAGAGCACGCUUGUAAAGCUCUCUUGCAGUUGGCUGGUGUCCGAGAAGCGAGUCCUAAUGGGAGCCAAUCCGGAUCGCGAUCAGGAACGAGUAGUCCACCAAGUGAUUCUGGGAAUGGAAGAGACAGGAGCGAGGGUGGAAAUCGCCCUGCUAAUGGUGGCAGUAAAACUGAAGAGUUCAAAAUCCUUAGAGACGCCGUGUGGAGCAGAGUGGCUAAAACGCUCUUGAAACAGGAGGCUGAAAAGGGCAAUCAAUCCCACGAGGAUUCUGACGAUGCACCUCUGAAUCUCUCUAGCCAAUGCACCAUUCGAGGUCAGCAGAUCAUCGAGCAUAUCAUCGAGAAUAUUUUGGACAAGCCUUUGGCUGAUGGAGAAAGAGUUGAAGAACAAGCUCCCAGUGUGUCGUUCAAUAACAACACUUCUCGGAUGAAUGGAGAUGGAUUGGCCUCGUCCAACCAGCAUCACGAAACUGCCGAAGAGAUCAAGGAGAGAAUUUACAUGGGUUUGAAGCAAGAUUUCCAGAAUCGAGGACCCGGAGCCAAGGAUGAUAAAAAAGAUAUGAGUGCUCUUUGGAAUCUUCUUCCCCAUAAGAUGGCCAAUCAGAAAAGUCAGAAAAUAACCACUGCCAACCCAAAACUCACAACCCCAACCACCCGUUCUCCUUCGCCGUCUGUAACAAACACUACCAAGCCCACGUCUGCCGUCAACCGAAAUGACCUUGCCAAUAGUUCUUCGUCGGGGCUUGACAUCAAGAGUCUUCUGGCCCACUCCCCCGCUCCUCAAUCUCCCAGAUCAAAGGCGAAUGGGAGUAAUCAACUUCGAACUUCCCCACCUCCUGUGUCUGUGACAUUAAUCACCACAGAAUCACGUUCCAACGGAGAACGCACCAAUCGACCGUUGAAUCUUUCCACGACGCCCCCUCAAACCCCGUCUGUUAGUGUCACCCCAAUGUCAGUUGAAUUGAACAACUUCUCCAAUCAGGACAAGGUCUCCAGCCUUGCGGCUCCAAAGCGGCCUCAUGAGGACGAUGAAGAGGACCGUAGGCGUAGCUCAAGAUCUUGUAAAGGCAAGCGCUAUCAGGAAUUACGAGACGAGGGUCACUUGGGUCGAAAAGGGAGAAAAACUCAUCGCAGCGGAGAUGAUCCUUCCCAUGUGGACGAGGGAGGGAUUGUUUAUUUAAGCAAGAGUGAGAGCUCUUCGGAGAUCGUAACCCAACCCCAUUAAAUUCAAAGGAUACUCAACAACCACUUCGUCCCAGUGGUCAGUCUUUCGACGUUAUGGCCAAAUUGAACGCCAUUCCCGCCCUCAGCCUUGAGGUCUAUCAACAGAGGGUCAAGCUAAAUCGGCCCCCGUUUCCAACGUCACUUCCAACGGCACGGAUCACCCUCAAAGGCGAAGUGGAAAUCUCAGAUCUAUGGCUAGUGAUCAUCAGAAUACCCCCGGGGUGCAAACUAACUCCAUUGAAUCUCCUGGAUCCAGGAGAAAAGGUCGUCGAGGUGCUCCGGCCAAAGAGGAUACACCAGAAGAAAUGACCGUCUCGUCUUAACUUAAAUUUGAUGGGAAAGGAAGAAUACCAACGCCCAAUUUCCGAGUAAAGCCAACCUGAUGUGAUUGUUGUCCUACAGACAAAGGUCUGGGUGGGAUAUUGUCAACAAUUGUUGACCUAUUUUCAACGGCAUGCAAAUCCAUGCACCAUUUUGGGAAAAUCUAAGUGGAAAGAAAAUGUCUUUGCCCGACCGACGUGACCCCCCCUCCCCCCACACACACACACAGGCCAUGCCAUUGUGAAGGCAUUGCUUGUUCUCCCAUGUUAUUCGUCUUCUCUCCUAUAUCUUCAUUCUCAACUCCUGGAUUUUUUAAAUUCGUUCUGAGAGUUUGUUGUCCACCGUUCGCUAAAAGAACAAUAGACGAGCAAGUUGGAGUUUUUCGGUUGAAACGACUUAGUUUUCCAUCAUUGCUGGACCUGUCGCAACCAUGUUAAAAUUACAAAGCGUAAUUGCAUCUAUGGGUGUGUUAAUGCAGAUGAUUUAUUUUGUCAACUAUGAGCACAGAAACUCUCUUUUUAGCCUAAUUGGAAAUAUUUUCGAAGUCUCCCAGCUCAUUGGCAUUGAAUUAUACAACUAUCUUUCAUCUUGAAAGAGAUGUGCCUGUCUCGAUUUUCGUCUGCUUGGACCAUCCAUCCUCGCCCUCUUAAAACCAUACUACUUUUUGGUUCAAAACACUUGGGUUUCUUGAUCCGUGUCUUGUUUUAAGUUAUAGGCCAAUUGAUGAUCGUUUUUUCAGCGUUAAUACGCAAUUAUCCCUUGACCUAGAGUUCAAUUGAUCAACCCGACUAUCUCACGACACAAAAAUUCUAACAAUUAAUAUUGAUGAAAUCAUGACAAAUUUUGAGUCUCUACUGUCUUGGAAACGACUUAAUAGUCCAAUUAGAGUGUGUCAUCAAAGGAACAAAUGGACUCCUUUCGGUGUCACUCGACUUCUAACGAUCGAUUUUCUUCUCAAAAGUGAAUGCAAAAAUUAGUUAAAUUUGAAGUUUACACCGACUUCGACCACAUCCCUCCCUAUCAUUUCGUGUGCUAUUGUGGCGGUAUUUUUAGCCUGGGGUUCGACACCCUUUGGGGGUCUGAAGUAUUCAUGAAUUCUUCAACCAUUGAUACGAUGAUAAUUAUUAUUAUUCUAUUAAUUUCUCUACCGCUGUUCUCUGCAGAACCAUUAUUCUGUCUAAAUGAUGACGCGGGAGAGUGGUUCAUCGGAAAUCACAAUCGCAGUUUAGAAGAAAUUUGUAACUGAAAAAGAAUGAUUAAUUUCAUUUUUCGCCAAAUAAACGUGUUACUCGCGAAA